GAGUUUGGCAGUGGUCGGGCCGCCGGCGGAGCUUUGGACGUCCGGCCCGCGAGAGCGCGCGCAGAAGGGGAGGGAGGGGUGAGUGUGGGUAGGCGCGCGCGCGGCAGCGACGGCGGCGAUUGCUACUGGCUCUGACUGGCGCGAGGGCUUAGUUCCAUCCAGGUGGGAGGGGAGGCUCGCUCUCGGUCUCUCUGUGUCUCCUUUGCAAGCUGAGCAGUAAGUAGCAUCUGCUGCUGUGCGCGAGACCAGGCAAGGAGCAUGUCUGCAGGCAGGGCCAAGAAAGUGAAGAUGGCCACCAAGUCCUGCCCAGAGUGCGACCAGCAGGUUCCUGUUGCAUGCAAAUCCUGUCCGUGUGGCUAUAUAUUUAUCAGUCGAAAACUCUUGCAUGCUAAACGUUCCGAAAGGCUGCCGUCCUCAGAAAGCAGAAGUGAAGCUAAGAGGAGACGGACAGAGAGAGUCACAAGAGAGAGGAUAAACUCCGUGGUAAAUAAAGAUUUAGAAAACAGGAGAAGAUCCAGAUCAAACAGCCAUUCGGAUCACAGUAGAAGAGGAAGAGGGAGACCAAAGACUGCCUCAGCGAAAAAACACGAGGAGGAAAGAGAGAAACAAGAGAAAGAAGUUGACAUGUAUGCAAACCUAUCUGAUGAAAAGGCUUUCGUAUUUUCCGUGGCCUUGGCAGAAAUAAACAGAAAAAUAAUCAACCAGAGGCUUAUUCUGUGAUUUCCUGGCCCCAGGACCUAUGCAUGCUAUGGUGUUUAAGCCAGGCAGUGGAUUUCCACCAGUUGGUGGCCUCUCAAGCAAGGAAUGCUGUUGCCUGCCUUAGUGAAGGCUGUAUGUCUUUUUUCCUUGCUGACCUUCUGCUGUGGCUGCUGCUGUUUGGAUCAUGCAGACUUCUUGUUCCAGCUAAUUGUCAAGAAGGAAGACGACCAGCACUUUGCUUGGGGGGGGGGGAGACACCAAAAUCUGAUGAACGUGGCAUCUUGAAGAACUCAACAGAGUUAUUAAAAACUGUUCCUUUGAACACUUCUGCAAUUAAAAUGCAAUGUUUUAAUUAAUUUAAAUCUCCUUCACCACAGAGUUCAGAUUUUGCAGCUGUAUUGAAGCUUACAUGUACAUAAUUAAGCUAACUUCUUAAUAAAUCAAUAUUCUGGUGUUUGUUUUUAUUAAUCUGCUGAAUUGAUCUGGGAGCCAUAGCGUGUUUUUUUACUUCCGGUUUAAGAGAGUCUGAAUAAAUGCUUCUUUAGUCAGCGUACAGAUCAUUUGUGCUCAGAGCAGAAGUGUGAUAUAUGGGCAAUAAAGUGAAAAUCUGUUAUUCUUUUUUCCAGAAGCAUUGGUGCAUUUGUUGGGCUGUCACCCCUUUAAUCUCAGCUGCAGAAUCAAACUAGUUUGAUUAAAUCUGCAUACAUCUACAUGUGACUAAAACAGCAGCUUCUAGGAAAUCUUCAGGAAGGGGAUUGUAUAGAUUCCAUGUUGGACUGUGUUUUAGGUUAUUUUCCUAGAGAUGCUUUGCAAUUGUGCAAACCUUGUUUGUUUUUAUUUAUACAAGUAUUUCUAUAGCUUAUCUGCAGGUGGUCUCAUUUUGGAUACAUAGUCAACAACACUCAUACUGUACUUGAACAUUGAAAAUAGAGGGAGCCAUCUGGGCCUGCAACAAAAGGCAACAGAAUGGAGUGCUCCUUCUAGCUGGCUAGCAGACACACUGCCCUUUUCCAGGAUACUCUGUUACAUCCCCUCUUAAUUUUAUCCCUGCCCCUUUUAACAGUCAUUCCAUGGCCACUGAGCAUACUCAGACUCCACAGCCUGGGGCAGCCACAAUUCCGUCAGAGGCAGAGUUUGGGCUGUGAGCCACCUACUGGUUCAACCCUGGUACUGCCAGUGCAUUUAGCUUACUUGAAAUGCUUUCCUUUUGCAUGCUGAUAAGAAUUCCUUUUUCCAGGGGGCAUCAUGGACCCUUGCAACUGAGUGGGCUAAGUGAGUGCCUUGAAGGGCUUCUUAAUGAGGAUAAGCAGAACAGCUCACUAAAAGCUGUUGAGAGUCGAAUGGAGAACCUAUCUAUCUAUAUGAGAGAGAGAAUGAAGAUCUUUUAAAAAAUGGAAACAAAUUUCUUUGGUAAAGCAUAUAUCUUGUCUUUUGGGAAACCCUCUCAAGAAACCAACCUCUGCGUAGGGAAAAAAUAAGCUGUUGCCUCUUUAAUUUUGAAUGCGAUUAAAAAUAACUCGAGUUCACUAGAAAAUCAUUUCACUUCCUGCAAGCAAAGCCUAUAAUUUAUAACAUUGUGGGGAGCUUUUGUUUCUGUUGUGUGGUUUCUCUCACCCUGCCUUUACCUUUCUGCCCAGUUCUCUAGCUCCUCAAAUUGUAGGCUGCGCCUCUACAUUUUUAAUUCGUUGUGCAUGGAGAACAUUGGCGCUGAGUUGUCUUUGAGCCCUUGAAAGCUGGAGUUGUGCAAUCUAGACUCUGGGCUUCGGGUGCUUAUUUACAGCAAGCGGGCAAGCUUGCCAUUGCUUUAAGUACUUGAGGCCAGGAGGAGCAAUUAUGGAAAUAGGAUUGUAGAACUAAUAAGAUAUGUCUCUCUCCCUACCCCCCCCCCAAAAAAAAACACCCAAUACCCAUAUGGACAACUUGGAACAACUUUGGAAAAGCACCAAGAUCGUAUUAAUUUACAUUCUGAUCUGUGAACAGCAAUUUGAAAUGUAAGAGCAUAAGAAGUGCCCUGCUGGAUCAGGCCAGUGAUCCAUAUAGCCCAGCAUUCUGUUCUCACUGUGGCCAGCCAGAUGCCGGUGGGAAGCUGGCAAGCUGGACAUGAGCAGAGCAGCACAUUCUGUAUCCCAGCAACUGGUAUUCAUAGGCAAGAUGUAUCUGACGGAGGUAGAGCUUAGCCAUUGUGGCUAGUAGCCACCAAUAGCCCUCCCAUUAUUUGUUUCCAGUCUUUUAAAGCCAUCUAGGUUGGUGGCCAUCACUGUAUCCUGCAUCCAUACUUUUAACUGCUGCAUGAAGGAGGACUUUUCUCUGUCUUGGAUCUUCCAACAUUCAGCUUCAUUGGAUGCCUACUAGUUCUGCCGUUAUGAGACAGGGAGAAAAACUUUCCUAUCCAUUUUUUGUCAUGCCAUGCAUAAUUUUAUGAACUUCUGAUCAUGCGACCAUGGGUGGCAUAGGUGUGAAGCUUGUAUCUUUCCAGGUGGUUGUUGGACUCCCAACAUCCAUUAGCCUCAGCCAGUGUGAGGUCAACAUCUGAUAAACAGAAAGAUGCAGAAACAUUAGGAAUGGAGGAAAAAAUUGACUCUGCAUUUAAAUCCAAAUCUGUCAAAUUUGCUUUUUGAAAAUAUGCAAGCUGAAACAUAGCUACCGGUAUCCUAUCCUUUGAAAUUCGCACUUACCUGAAUUUUCUAACAAGGUUCUCCAACAUUCACAAAAAUGCAUAUAAGGUGAAAGCGCACAUGGAAAUGAAAAUAUUAGUGACUAUAACAUGCAAAUAUGCUGUAUAUUCGGGGAAAUAGCUUGCAAAACUAUUUGUCAAUAUAAAAAGUGUUUAUUGGGGGAAAAUUGCCAUAAAGCACUGAUGAAUUUUUAUGAGGAUUUCUUUUUGAAGAUAGAAUUGGUACAAAAUGUAGAAAACAGAAUUUAAGAAUGAGAAACGGAUACAAAAUUAACUGAUCCUCUCAUCUCUAAUAAACACCCUGCAAGCCUUUUAGAAGGGAUGCACAUUGCUGCAUUAACCACACUGCCAACAAAACAAAGAUCAAUGCUCUGCGAAUUGGGAUCAAUGCUCAUCUGGAGGUUGUAUUUGGGACUUCCUUUGUCUAGCAGUUAUUCAUGCUUGGCACCUAUUGAAAAUCCAAAUUGGGAAGAGGCUUUGCUUCUCUUUCCCCGUUUUCCACUUCUUGCUCAAAAUAAUCAGAGAUGAAAGCAAAGCUGCAUAGCUCAAUGAUGUGCACAUGAUUUGCAUUCUUUCAGACAACAUUCCAGAUGCACGCAGGAAAGAAAAAUAUCACGAUUAACAAUAAAUCGGAGCAAAUGCUUGUCAAAGCCCAGGCAUAAUUAAAAAAAAACCUGUGUAAGCUUUAUGCAAACAAGAUCAGGACGGCUGCUCAUUUAGUAGGCUGGCCUGGAGGGGGAGCCCCAUGACAUUCUCUUGCUUUAAAGCCUGACUUGGGGAAAAAAAGAUAUCUCAUGACAACUUCUAUGGCUAGGUGGCAGUAUAUUCCCAAGAGAGAGAGAAAAACACCCUGUAUACUGCUGUGCUGUGGCUAUUUGGCCAUUAGUAGCAAAGGGCAUGCCAUGCUGCUGCCUGGUAGCCCUGACUGCCUCUCCUUAUUUGCAAAGCACCCUCAGGAGGGAGCGAUUUACACCAGAGAAAUAUGAAGAAGGCUGUUCCUAACCCUUUCCUUGCCCCAUUCUUUCAGCUGAAACUGCUUCCUGGCCCACACCCAAUAUUUUUACUGCUGGGAUGCUCCAGGCCCAUGCUGGUGAGCUUUCUUUGUUUUUUAAACACCUCAUCCAUCACUCUGGAAGGUUGCCUGGAUGGAAAAGUGACCAUUAGGUUGAAAACCCUCCACUUUUUGACGCCUCCUUUCAUUAUGCAUUUCCUCUUCUUUUCGGUGAAGCUUGAUGGUGGUGGUGGUGGUGGUAGAAAUAUGCCCUGCGUGCCCCUCUGGCAGAUAGGAGACCAGUGCGUCAAGAAGGCGGUUUUUGCACAUGAUGUAGAGAUAAGUGAGGAGGGGGCAGGUGGGGCUCGUCAACCUGGGAAGGUAGCCCAUCUAGGAGAAGGAAAACUCCGAUACUAAACCUCUGCUGCCUUGUGGGACAUCUUUGGGAGAAGAAAAGGCACUGUGAGGCCGCAUGUUAUGUUUUGCCUCAGCCAGCUCCUGGGCCAACACUGCAAUCCACAGUAUACAUUUAAAGAAGUAUCAUGCUACUUUAAACAGUUCCAUCCUGGGAACUUGUAAAGGGUGCUGAGAUCUGUUGGGAGACCCCAUAUUCCCCUCCGGGGCUACAAUUCCCAGUUUGGUUAAAUAAUCCGUCUUCCCAAGGGACUCUGGGAUGCCAUAGCUAUCAAAUGCAGUAUGAUACUGCUUUAAAUGUAAGACACAGACCUGUUUGUAACCUUGCAAGUGGCAAAAAUUUUAACUUCUGUCUUAUAAGAGACGUAAAGGUCUCCUAUACGAAAAUUGAAACUCUUUUAUUAUAUCUCAUCCCUGAUUUUGUAUAUUUCUCAAAUAUUUUAUUUCAAUCCAUAUUGUUUUUUGUUAUUUGUAACUCAAUUAUGAGUGCCUUGGUUGCUUCUGUAUUUUUAUGAGCUUAAAGCUGAAAUAAACUGAUUUGAUUUGAUCUGCUUUAAAUGUAAGGUUCAGGUGGGGUCUUAGCUCCUGUUUCUGCUCCAUCAUUAGUUGUAACUUAGGACUCGGCUACACAGGUCAAUUAUAACGUUAAAGAUGUGUUAUUAAAGUGUGACACCAGAUGGUGCUGUACAGCAGCAAUCCAAUGGUGGUAUUAUUAUUAUUAUUAUUAUUAUUAUUAUUAUUAUUAUUAUUAUAUUUAUACCCUGCCCAUCUGGCUGGGCUUCCCCAGCCACUCUGGGCGGCUUCCAACAAAACAUUAAAAUACAGUAAUCCAUCAAACAUUAAAAGCUUCCCUAAACAGGGCUGCCUUGAGAUGACUUCUAAAAGUCUGGUAGUUGUUGUUCUCUUUGACAUCUGUGGGGGAGGGCAUUGCACAGGGUGGGUGCCACUACCAAGAAGGCCCUCUGCCUGGUUCCCUGUAACUUGGCUUCUCACAGGGAAUCGCCAGAAGGCCUUUGGCGCUGGACCUCAGUGUCCGGGCAGAACGAUGGCGUGUGGAGACACUCCUUUUAGUGGUUUGUUUCAUAGUGUUUUUUAUAUCUCUGUAGAUCCAGCCUUAGUGUCUGUUUGCACCACAUCUUUUACACUCCCGUUCCCCUUGCAGAGCUACAACUUCCAGAGUUCCCUGGGAAGAAGGAUUGACUGUUAAACCAAACUGAGAACUGUAGCUUUCUGAAGAGAAUCGGGAUCUCUUAACAAGUCUUAAUCACCCUUUGCAAUCUACAGCUCCAAGCAUUUUUGGGGGGGGGGGCAUGACUGCUCAAAGGAAUAUGGAACGUUACUACUUCUACACUUUCAUCUAAUCAGAUCUGGACCUGCAGAACACAACAGUUUGCGAGCAACCCAUCUUUCUUUCUCAUCUCUACUUCUUAAUCAUCCUUACCCCUUUCUAAUGCACCUUCUCUUUUACUUUGUGAAAACAGCACAUGGGGAAGCUUGUUUGGGUAUCACACUGUGGCCACAGAGCGGCCGAAAUGCCCUGAUACUUUGCAAAAUGGCUCCCAGGGAUGGAAAGUGAUUUCCCAGCCCAGCGGUUGUUCAGUGCAAGUAAGUAAUUGCAUCUUUGUGUUUUUGCUAGAGGAGGCAGACACGUGAUCCAAAAUACCAGCCAGCGGGCUCUUCUGAACUCUCUCCAAAGCUGUUUUCAUUACCUGGACUCCGAGGGGUGUUUAUUUCUUUAAAUCCUAGAUUGAGCUAUAAAUGGACUGAAGUCAAAAUAUUGUUGGCUUUGGGUAGUGGAUUGUGUUGUGUGUGUUUCUUUUCAAAAUGAAAUUCACAGGUUUGAGCAAACUUUGCCUAUCUGGUGUCCCCCCCCCCCCGCCCGCCCCAUGUUUGGGAGCCUAGCAACACCUGAAGGGCCAGAGGCUCCUCUCUCCUGGAUUGAGGAGUGGCCUCACCUGCAAGAUACAUUUAAAACCAUAUCAUACAACAUUAAACAGUCAUGGUAUCCCCCCCAAGAAUCCUGGGAACUGUAGUUUGUUAAGGGUGCCAAGAACUGUUAGGGGGUGCCUAUUUCUCUCACAGAGCUACAAUUCCCUCUUCAAAGGGAACUCCGGGAACUAGCUCUGUGAAGGGACUAGGGUGGUUUCCUAACAAUGCUCACCACCCUUAACAAACUACCUGAAACAGGGUAUGAGAUUCCAAAAUAACAUAUUCUUAAAUUACUUAACAGGACUACAUUGAAAAGGUGGACAUUGAAAUGGACACAAUUCGGCUUAUAGCAGUCAGAAUGCCAAUUACAAUUUCUUUUUUUGGGGGGGAGGUAUUAUCUCCCAUCUCCCUUGUCAAUAUUUGGGACUUAGCUGCUAUGCAUAAACUUUUUUUUUAUUGUGUCAGAGCAAGAGAAAACAAAUAUGAAAACAAAUUUAUCAAAAAUGGUUGACUUUUAUCGUAUUUUAGAAUGAGAAGCUAGGAAAUGAUAGCAGGUCAUAUUCAAUAUUUGGCUUAAGGAUAAUAUAAAGUGCGUUCAUAUAUCUAGUUACACAUGCACACGCAAAAUAAUGAAAAUACCAUUACUUGUAUUAUAGGAAUUCUAAGGUCAUGUAUGUGUGUGUGUGUGUGUGUGCGUGCGUGCGUGCGUGCGCGCGCGCACACACACACACACACACAUAUAAUCAGGGGUGGCCAACUCCCAAGAGACUGCGAUCUACUCACAGAGCUAAAAACUGGCAGUGAUCUACCCCCUUUUUAG